AUUCACAGCUCUACACUUGGCGGGAAACCCACGCGACCGCGAAUUUUCAUAGCAAACAGCUUUACAAUAAACUAAAGUUUUAUGUGUAAAUCGUGAAAAACAUUAAAAUGGCAUCAAUUUGUUUUAAAACUUUGCGAUGGCUCAUCGUAAUUAAUAUUGUUUUGAACAUAGAAGUACAAAGUUUAAGGCUCCUCGGCGAGAGCUGUCACUCCAACGAGCACUGCAGUGUUUCACACUCGCAGUGCAACCGCGGUGUUUGCGAUUGCCAGCCGUACUACGCCCGCGUUGAUGUAUCCACUUGUUUGGAAUCUACUCUAUUGGGGUCAGAAUGCUUCGUAUCGGAGCAAUGUACGUUAAAAGUAGCCUACAGUGCGUGUCUGGAAGGUGUCUGCCGUUGUACAGAUGGACACCUACAGUUCAGGAAGCAUACUUGCCUUUCUCCUGCACCCCCAGGCCACGUCUGCUAUAGUAACGAACAUUGCCGACUGUGGGAUAAAGAAAGCCAUUGCGAAUUUGUCAUACCCAAUCUCUUCGGACGAUGCGCAUGCAGUUCAUUAUUCAAACAAGUUGGAGAUAAAUGCAUACCUCAGAAAAUAAUACCGUCAAUUGCACAGUCGGAAACACACGAAGGUACAAUGAUAGUUCAGUCAACGAGUGAACCACAAAAGCAAUCGCAAAUAAAUUCUAAUAUUAAUUCAGAUUUUAACCCGCCUAAUACAAAUAUCGACACAGAUGACAUUGAAGCUAUUAUACAACCAACAUACACGAGUAACGAUGCACUAAGUACAGAAGAAGAUAGUCCUUUAUCGCAAGUGUCUAUGAAACUACCUACAGCUGAGCCAGCGAAGAUAUUGCCAAUUACAAAUAGAAGGGAUGGUGAACCUAACGAGACGCUAAGAGACGAUAUGACAGCCAAUUUACAUGCAAACGACCAGCCUGUUUAUAGAGUUGUUACCCAACCAACAGUGAAUAUUAAGAAAAAAGACGGAACGACCAAGGUAACACAGACUAAACCUCACAAACACGGCCACCCAAAGAAAUCUACUUUAAAAGACAAAUAUCGUAUUCGUACGGAAUCGACAAAAAUCGAUCUGGGACCAUCGUCUUUAGGAAUGCCCUGUCUGAUAGAUACACAGUGCCAACAGGUGGACCCACACACGCGGUGUGUCAACAAACGAUGCGACUGUGCAUACCGUAGUAAUUCCACAUCUGCCUGUUCUACGCGCAAUCGAGGAUGUCUACCUGGAACUUUUCAAUGUCGUUCCACCGGCACCUGCAUCAGUUGGUACUUCGUCUGCAACGGUCGCAAGGACUGCCCCGACGGCUCUGACGAGACCUGUCAAGGUACUGGUAAAGAUGGAACUGGCGAACGUUGUCCAAUGCAUGCAUUCCGAUGCGGUGGUCCUGGUUCACCUUGCGUCUCUCGAGGAGCAAGGUGUGAUGGUGUACCACAGUGUCCCGGAGGCGAAGACGAACGGAAUUGCAAAGCUACAAGACGUAAAGGAUGCCCUCGGCACACUUUCCGAUGCGGUUCAGGCGAAUGUUUACCCGAAUACGAAUUCUGCAACGCUAUCGUUUCUUGCAAGGAUGCUUCUGAUGAGCCACCGCAUCUUUGCAACGAGCAGUCCAGAUGGCGGGCUGCAGACUUCUGUCCAUUGCGAUGUGGAAACGGGCGUUGCAGAAGCACGGCGGUAGCAUGUUCGGGACGCGACGGUUGUGGCGAUAACAGCGAUGAAAUAGCUUGCAAUGUUUGCAGCUGUCCAGCGCCGCCGUCAGUCCCUCUUUGAACAAGAAUUAGAAAUAAAAAUAAAGUUAGUGAAACGUUUUAAUUCCUGGACCUCAAUCUACGUAUCAGGAGAAAAUAGUUUGCUUUACUUAUUUGGAUCGAACCUUUCACAAAUACCUAGUAUAGUCAAGAGCACAUCAAGCUUGACACUUUGGACUUUGGACCGUUCUUAUUGCAAGCGGCAUAGAGUUGUAAAUCUAGAUAGAAGCGUCUCUUGAAUUACAGACGUUUUCUUCUUAAUAUUUCCUGAAAAGUUUUAAGUUAUUUUUAUUGAUUUUCCAUUGAAGUUCUUUCUUCUUGUUGCUCAAACCAAUUUUAUCUUAUUUUUAAGACUCACGCUUUAAUUGCCUGCAUUUAUUUUAUAUAUUUUAUCGACUUUACUAAUUUCUCAUAAUGUUAACAGUAAAUACAUUUAUAACUUAAAACACGAUCAAAGUGGAUUUUUUUGUAUUUCAUAAGAAAAGUGAAACAAAAAUCAUAAUUUAUAGUUUUUAACUGCCAUUGCACCGUUUUGAAUGAUCCGUAGUGCAGUGUAGGAGAACUUUCUUCUUUUUCUACAUUUCCCUUAGCCGUAACACGAUACGCGACACAGUAAGACUGAAGAGUUUACACUCUGUCACUUUUUUUCAACCUAGACGUAGAUUAAUCUAAUUAUAAUACCGAAACAUUGUAAAUACGAAUGAAAUGAUAAUAUAUUAAUUAACAUUAGUGUACUCAGUCACCUCUUUCUCAUAAUAAGAAUUUACUUUACAAACAUUUAUAUUAUUAAGAACGAACUUUUAAUAGGUAGUGUAAAACCGUGUUAGAUGCCCCACUAUUUGAAAGGGCCUCCUAAUUUAAAAAUUAUUAGUUUACCAGGAAUAAUUCCUAUGGAUAUAACUAGUUUAAUCAUUUACAUUACAUUAAAACUUGAUUGUAUUGGUCUGAUAUUUACUAAUUUUGAAGAAAUUGACUUUUUGCAAACCUGUUUCUUUGAGGAUAGAUGCCUACCUACAUGGAUAGACGCCACACGAUGAAAAUAUUAAGAAGGAUAGAUACCCUUUAGAAUAAAGUAGUAAAAUUCAUAAUAAAAUGU